AUGCCGACACCUGCCUCACCCCCCUCAUCCCUUCUCUCUCUGAGGGUAGUGAAUUUUUCUACCUACGACAUUCAAGGAUGGGCGGCAUAUCACAGCGGAUCACUUCGGCAUGAUGCAGUCCCAGCUCAAGGCUUUGGCCUUGAUAGACCACCUUUUGGGGUGAGAGACCACCCCUUUGGAGCACCCAGCUUCAACCUCUCAGGGUUAAGCCUUUAUGAACCACGUCCCUCUGUGGCUGGUUUAGAGCGCUCUAUAAACCGUUGCACAUCUAUUGGAGAGCUCAGAGCUUGUGGCCCUUUAGCUGCAAAAGAGGCAGUGCAUCAACUUGUCGAUCACGUGGUCAACUGCAAGCAUGCCCAUUAUGGGUCCCUUCAGUUUCUUAACUGGACAAAGCAGUGGAACCACCUCAGCACUGACUCAUCUGAGGAGACAUCCAUAAGGGUACCUCGCUUCGAGUACUUUGGUACUCAUCACGUUCGCAUCUGCAAUGUGGUGAUUGAGAUGCUGCAAUCCCACCUACUCCACUUUGAUACAGCUAUCCCUAGCCUAUAUCAAAAGGUGGCCUCACUCGAAGGUGAACUCACUUGGUCACACCUGGAUGCCCUGGUUCAGGACCUCAUCACCAACCAUGUAUUAGUCAAGGCACUCGGACAAGCUGCUGCAGGAACACUUGGAAUCAAUGAGAGAGAGCGUAUGGGCAUCAAUCGGGGUAUUAAUUACUCUGCAAUGCACCUUCUCUCACUUUGGCCAAACUACUGCCUCAAAGCUAUGCAGCUUUGUGACCAAGAAUUCCUUGCAGAAUCUGCCUCAUUCUACCAACGCAUAGCUGAGUUGAGUUUGCCAGAAGUGGCACCCUGGACUCAGGAUCAACCCAUGGACCACCUUGUAUGCUCAAGGGAUGUCUUGUUGGAAUCAGCCCAUUCAGCUUCUGACCUGUAUGGUAUCACAUGA